CCUCCUCCUCCAACCCCCAUCCUCUUUCUCCUCUUUAUUUCCUCCUCCCCUCUCUUUCUACCCCUCUUUCAUCCUCCCUCUCGGGCUUCCACAAACAAGCUUCGGCUGGUCGAACCUUCUCUUUUGUUCUUUUUGGGGAUUGCUUUUAUUGUUUUCCGUCUUCCUUAUCGUCGACGAUCCUAUGGUGAGGGCAGAUGCGAUGUAAUCACCCGUGGAACCGCAAGCUUGCUGUCCUGUCGCCUACCAACAUUGCUAACUUCCUUCCGUCUCUCAAGUCUCUCAUAUAUAGUCGACAAAGAACCAUCUGGGACUCAAAACAUGAUAAUGGAUACUGUUCUGUGAAUCCUGCAACACUCCUUCCAGCUAUUCCACGCUUUCCCGCUCAACGGUCCCAGCCUCGCAAUCAUCGGUUACCCCACAUCUCUCCUUCGCGCCGUGUUUCCAUUGCUUUCCAGCUGCACUAGCCAACACAACGCCCUCUUUCAUCAUGAUUGCAGAAGAUCUCCUGGAGGAGUGUCUGCAGAUCCUCCAGAAUGAAGCUCUAGAUGAGGAGGAUCAGGCGGAGAAGAUUGAAGACUUCAUUCGCGAAAAGACCUCCUUAUCCGGUCCAGCGCUCGAAAAUGCCGUCCUGGACGUCCUCUGGCGCCAUCGAAACCGCACCCUGCCCGACUCCUCCCCACCACCUCCUCGCCAUACGGUCAUCCGUCGCUCGUCUCCUGCUCCCUGGCAGAUGGCCCGUUCAGCCACGCCCUUGUCGCCCCAUUCCAACUUAGGCACCAGCCCUGGAAGCACUUCCUGGCUCCAAAGCUCCCGAGGGGGUUAUCCGCGUCCCCCGCUUUCCUCGACUGUAUCACCAUUCACCUCACCGCGUCCGUCACCUCGGCUGGCCCUGGCUCAACCCAUUCCCCAUUCUCCGAAUUUGAAUGCGUACGAAUUCUCCGACCAGAGCCAUGUGUCGGACUUCUAUGGAGAUUUCGGCAGUGAUAGCAAUGUCGACUGGUUAGUCGCGGAUGAUGCCAAUAGUGUCGCUUCAUCCUUAGGGACGCCGAGCAUUACGGCGGCAUUGAGUGCCACUGCUCCGGAAUUUGUUCCCGACAUGAGCCCGCACGAUAUCCUGCGCACUGUCCUUGGAGACAAACGGACGAAUGAUGAGAUUGAAGCGGCUUUGGAAGCAAACAGUUACGAUCUCGGCGCGACUAUCGCAUCGCUUUCGCAAUUUUCUGACGGAGAGACUUUGUUACAUCAAUCGGAUGAUGGCCAUGUCGUGGUGGGGAAAUCGAUGUCCAUGGAGCAGUCGAAAUCCGCCAGUCCGUCGCUGCAGAGUCGCAGUCCGGUGGUCUGCAAAUACUGGUUAUCCACUGGGCAAUGUCUCCGUGCCGACUGUUGGUUUAGUCACGACCUCACCAAUCACCUUUGCAAAUACUGGGUGAUGGGCAAUUGCCUUGCCGGCGACGGUUGUCCGUUUUCUCAUGAUCCGUCCGCCUUGGUCGCAAGCAUGAGCUUGGGAGACGAGAAUCAAACCAUCCCCACCGGUCCACAGCUUCACAUUGAGAAUGUGUCGGAGGCGUUCCCCCCUCUCCAGGCAGGAGGCGGAGACCAAUGGAGUGGUCAAUACAUUGGAAAGUAUCCCGGCCACCUAUCGGGUCUUUCGGGUGGGAAGCACUCGCCGCACGCUAUGCAAUAUGUCAUGGGAAAACGAAGCGGAAGCAUGCAGAGCCUCUCACGCCCUCACUCCCGACCAGGGAGUCGACAUCAGCACAGGGAGCUCAAUCCAGCUGCUCUGUCCGUGGAUGAUCCCGAUGCAUUUCCUACUUUGGCCGCUAUGAGCGCGAGAAAUAGUGGAAAGAAACAUCAUGGGAAACGAGGCGCGCAUAAUCGCGAAAAUAAUCCCAGCAAGGAGAAUCCUCCCGCUUCGUUGGCCGACGUCGUUCGCAUGUCUCCAUCACCCGUCCCAGGAAAAGGGAAAUCUACGUCAAAGAAUGGCAAAGACGCCGCCAGGGGUCGAGAGUUUAGUGCUGCUGCCCAGUCUAUUCCAGCGCCGCAGAAUAUCCCUUGGCUUGAGACCGGGGCACGCGCCAACGAACAGUAUAUCAAAUACCGGACCAAAGCGAUCGGUCACGGUACGGUAAGGAAUAAAUUCCUUCAAGGUGCGGCCCAAGCCUGGAAUCGAAAUGAUGCUAGGGCAGCCAAGGCAUUGUCUCUACGGGGGCAGGCAGAGAACGAAGCAAUGAGGAAGUGCCAUCGUGAAGCAGCCCGGCAACUUUAUGAAGAGCGGAACAAACAUCUGUCUCAUGCUGGCUUAGAGGACUCCUCAGAGGAGCUAUAUGUUGAUCUGCACGGCUUGCACCCAGAAGAGGCCAUCGAAUACUUAGAGAAGAUUUUGUUGAAGCAUGCUCGGGAGGGCCGGAGGGUGGUUUAUGCCAUCACUGGCACGGGUCAUCAUUCCAAGAACGGCAAGGACAAGAUUGGCAAAGCUGUCAAGGCCUGGUUGAAUGAGUGGAAGUAUCUCUUCCGUGAGUUCAGCGUUCCUGGAGAAAGAGGUGGGUAUGUUGGCGGCAUCUUGGGCAUUGACCCCACGAGCUAUGACAAAAGUCUGGCCAAGAGUGUUGAAGAGAGCGCCGAAGGGAAAUCGGACGCCAACACUACACCGCCUGUCAUGACGAUGGGCAAAAUCCAGCUGUUGAAACGCGAAGACCUGGAGUCGAAGCCAUAAUCAUUCAUCAGCUUCUGGUCCCGUGUCUCCAUUCUUGCUGGAGUGCGCGCCGGACUUCUCCUCUACCUUAAACCUACGCCCCUUAUUCGCUUCCCAGCUCUUUCCGACGAUCGCCCACGCAAAAUACGUCGGAGGGUUCAAUUGUCGUGAUAGAACGCCCGAAUAUUCUUCGAAGAUCAGCAAGCGGGCUCGAAGCCUAUCUGUGACCUCCUCGCGAGCGGAGACUAUGGGGGUUUCGGAGAUUCAUGGGCGAGUUAGAUUAGACCGUCCCCUUCACUUUUACUCAUGUAGAGCGUUCAGCUACCCAUCAUAGCGUGCAUUUCUUUUACCAUUCUCACCAUGCAGAUAAAUCCGACCUUACGCCGGCCGGGGUAGGC